AUUAAUUUCAAGUGCAAAAUCGUAAUGAUAAAAUGAUAAGUCUUAUCUAAAAGAUUGUGGUUAUUUACAUGGCGAUGACUAAGUUAACCACUAGGUAGUCAUUCGUGAUCGCGCGCGCGAAGUGUUGUGUUGUGUGCAAUUUUAUUUAAUGUUUUCGUGAAUUUGUGAAAUGGCAGUGGACAGGUUAAUUUGGAAAAUCGUUUUGGACUUCGUCACGCUUUUGCUCGUGGGGUUUCCACUCCUCGCUAUACUGCUAUGGGGCAAACCAUACGAGCGGGGUUACUUCGAGUUUGACAUGUCCAUCCGUCUGCCAUUCAAGCAGGAGUCCAUAUCUGAGGGUCUACUGGCUGGCGUGGGCUUCGGCUUAAUUGUUGUUGCGAUUAUCAUCACAGAGGUAAUCCGCGACAAGCGAGGAUCCGGCAUUGGGGAGAAGUUUAUCAACGGGGCUCUAGUCCCGGGGUGGGUUUGGGAGAGCUACGUCACGAUCGGGGUGUUCACCUUCGGAGCCGCGUGUCAGCAGCUGGUGUCAAACACCAGCAAAUACGUCAUCGGGCGCCUACGGCCACAUUUCUAUGAUGUCUGCCUCCCAGUGCCCAACCAGUCUGACCAGAACGUGCUGGGCUACAUCCAGAACUACACAUGUACUGGGAAUAGCACGAGCCUCAUCCUGGAGGCGCGACUGUCUUUCCCGAGCGCACACUCCAGCUUCGCCAUGUAUACCGCCAUCUUCUUCAUCUUUUACAUCCAAGUAAAAGGCAGGUGGAGGGGCUCGAAGCUUCUGCGUCACUUGGCCCAGUUCGCGGCGCUGCUGGGCGCGUGGUACGUGGGGCUCUCGCGGGUGGUGGAGCAUAAGCACCAUUGGAGCGACGUGGCCGCUGGGUUCCUGAUCGGCGCCAUGUUUGCUGCUCUUGUUUUUAUCUACGUGCUAAAGCCUAAGAAGUACGGCCUGCCAGGCUCAUGGCAGGACCCCACCAUGCAGGCCAACCCGCUACCACGGCCGGCGCUGGCUCGGUGACUGGACGACGAUGCGCUGUGACAGUGACUUGAUGACUGAUGGCAAAAGUAUAUUAGAGUUAACAAAUAAGGUAACUGACCCAAAUAAGGCCGUUUUUGGCAGUAUCGCUGUUAUA